GGGCCUAUUGGGCCUAUAAUACUAUUGAUUUCUGGCCGUAUGAAAGGCCCAUGUAGGUAAGGCCCGGACAUUGUCUUCACCUCAGCCACAAACCGACUGUAAACAAAUGCUCAAUCUUUCCGAACGCCGAGACGAAACCAUUUUUUUAUCAGGAAAAUGGUCGCCGUAUACGCUUUGUUCACUCACCCUUUUCCCGCUUCUUCUUCCUCCGAUUCUCUCUUUUCAUUCUCACUAGCUCCUCCUCCGCCGGCCGCCGCUUAUUUCUCGCCUCCUUCACCUUCAAUCUUCCGCGCCCGUCAAUGGUUUUCUCCGUUGAAGUUCACCAAAGCCCAGAAUUUUGAACGACAACCGUCGUUAACCCAACUGGGUCUCCGUCAAAAUCAACAGUUUCUUCUCCAAUGCCGUUAUAUGAACUCCCCUGCCAAUGUCCUCGCCGAAGUAGGAAUGCUGUUCUCGUUCUUUCAAGAAAUUGGGGUCGGCGAGGAUGAAAGCCGAGUGCUUUUGGACAAGAAUCCAGCUGUGGCGUCGACAUCUUUGGAUUCACUGCGAGCUCGGGUUCAUUCCUUCCGUUCUGUUGGAAUCGACGGCCUUGUGCUUUCUCAGUUGAUUAUAAAAUCCCCAAGUCUAUUAACAGCUGAGGAAAUAGGUCCGUUUCUGCAAUUUGUUCUCGACGAUUUGGAAGGGAAGAUCGAGCCGCUGCAGCUGAAGCGGCUUUUGAGAACAACAGAAGCAAGAUUUUUGGUGGGUUUUGAUCAGAAAGUCAGAUUGCUUCUUCACCGCGGAGUUCCAGUUGACAAGAUUUUUGAUAUUCUCAACAAGGUUAAUCUGUACAAGGCAUUGUGUCUCAAGUCACUUGAAGAAAUCGAAAGAACAAUCGCAUUCUUCGACCGCAUUGGUGGCAUUGAUUUGAUAGUAAUGCGCCCGACGCUUCUCAAUUUUGAUCUGGAGACUCAGCUGGUUCCGAGAGUAGGGUUCCUGGCGGAGCUUAGUGGCGGAGAUGAUGAGGCCACGGGGACUCUGUUGGGUAAGCUCCCUGCAAUCUUGAGCUAUACCGUGGAUCACACGAAAGGCCAUGUCGAUUUGUUGAGGUCGAAUGCCGGCCUAACUGACGAUCAAAUCUUCAGGUUUCUGCUUGUAUUUCCCAACGUGGUGAGUGCCAGUCGGGAGAGGAAAUUGCGUCCGAGAAUUCAUUUUCUCAAGCAGUGCGGGUUGAGUUCGAAUGACAUCUUCAAGUUCUUGGUCAAAGCUCCAUUGUUUCUAGGGUUGUCUUUUGAAGACAACAUUGCAUUUAAGCUUGCAUUUUUAGUGAAGAUUGGGUAUAAACAUAGAACAAAAGACUUGGCGGCAGCAAUGGGAUCCGCCACCAGAACAAGCUGCGAUAAUCUGCAAAAGGUGGUCGGGUUGUUCUUCAGUUACGGGCUUUCGUGUUCAGACAUUGUUGUCAUGAGCACCAAACAUCCUCAGAUACUGCAAUACAGCCAUGCUGCUUUGGAGAAGAAGAUGGAGUACUUGAUAAAUGGGAUGGGUCGUGAAGUCGGAGAGUUACUGAACUUUCCGGCAUUCCUUGGUUACAAGCUUGAUGACAGAAUCAAGGCCAGGUAUGAACUGAGGAAGAAGGUUUUGGGGGAAGGAAUGUCACUGAACAAGCUCUUAACUGUUUCUUCCGAGAGAUUUUCGACCAAGAAGACAGCGUAUGUUGAUCUAAACGAAGAAAUGAAAGUUUUGUCGGAUCAUCUAAAUGAAAACGUUUGUAAUACAAACGAGUCAUGAUACAAAUUUGAGCUGUUUACUCAUGGUAAAAUCUUCUCAGCUUCCUUGUUAUGAAAGCUAUACCUUUCGAGCA